AUGGACGGCACGGGGGUCAAGAAGCCGCCCAAACGCCAAGAAGGCCGCAUCAUUUUGCAGUUUGACUAUGACUGCUUCUACGCUCAAGUAUUUGAGCAGAAGAACCCGGCUCUGAAAUCAAAGCCGGUUGGCGUCAAGCAGAAGAACAUCUUGGCUACGUGCAACUACAACGCAAGGCGUCACAAUGUCAAGAAGCUCAUGCUCAUCUCAGAGGCAAAGAAGAUAUGCCCGGACCUCGUUCUUGUGGACGGCGAGGACUUGACGCCGUUCCGGGACAUGAGCAAAAUCCUAUUCAAUUUCCUAAGAUCUCACUCCUGGAACGGCAAAGCUGAACGCCUUGGUUUUGACGAGGUCUUCUUGGACGUAACGGACAUUAUCGAGUACAACAUGUUCUGUCUCAACCGGGCUUCAAUGGCUGAGUCAUUCUUCUAUCUAUCCAAAAAAGACCCCGAGUUGGGCUUUGCAUGCGAUUUAACCUCCGUUGCAGGCUGCGUUGUCGGUGUAACCCCUGAUAGUGUGGAUUUGGAGAACCCCAUCUAUUUGAGGCACCUCCUGGGAUCGCACCUUGCCCAAUUCUUGCGACUCAAGCUGGAGCAAGACUUUGGCUACACGUCAACUUGUGGCAUCUCUACAAACAAGCUGCUGAGCAAACUUGUCGGUAGCAAGAACAAGCCGCAGAAUCAGACAACGCUGCUUGCAUUCAAUGAUGAGGAUAUCAUCAAUUUUGUCGACGGACACAAGCUUCGCACUAUCCCGGGGAUGGGCUCCAAGAUCACGCACCUUUUGGAAUCCCAUAUCUUGUCCAAGGAACUUGACAAGGAUUCCGGCCCGUUCGAUUCUCUCGUGACCGCACGAGAAGCCCGUCUUCAUCCAACCAUCUCGCCAUCGUUUCUAGAGACCCUUUUGGGCGGCCCUGGGGCGGAAAGAGGUAUCGGAUCUCGAGUCUGGGGUUUUCUUCACGGCGUGGAUCCUACUGAAGUUAAAGAAGCCAGCGAUGUACCGUCGCAGAUUAGCAUCGAAGACACCUACAAGGGCCUUGAAACGGUGCCCAAAAUAACAGAAGAGCUUCACAAGCUGUCCUGUUCUCUCAUCCGAAGAAUGAGGGUAGAUCUCGUCAUCUUGGACGACGGUUCGGAUAUCCCAGGCAGUCGCAAGUGGAUUGCCCGGCCAAGGACGCUUCGCCUCUCGAUACGAUCAUGGCCGAAGGCAGAUGCUACCCAACCUCAAAAUUUUGGUCGCGUGUCUCGGUCAGGGCCGUUACCAAACUUUGUGUUUGAUCUCAAGACUGAUAUUGAAGAAAUUGCCCAACAGCUAGUCGCGGAAGCGCUGCUGCCAUUGCUUCGCCGCUUGCAAAAUGAAAAGGGUCAGACGUGGAACCUGCAGCUGAUUAAUAUCUGUGCUGCAAACAUGGUUACCGGAGCUACUGGUGACAAGACGGGGGCAGGACGGGACAUUGCCACCAUGUUCAAGAAGCAGGACGAAGUGCUUGCUCCAUGGAGAAUCACAUCUGACGAUACUGACGAAGAUGAGAAAAUUAUUGGAAAUGAAUUGGAGAACCCCUUGUCUGAAGAUUCUGAUUCUGACAUUUCUUGGGAAGCCACAGACAAUUCUAUUUGCACUACUUGUGGCCAUUCUAUACCUUCGUUUGCCCUCUCCGCGCACUCGAGAUAUCAUGAGCUAGGGGAAUGA